AUGCCCAAAAACAGUCAACACGCGCAGUGGCUUACCGCCUACUUCAACCAACUCCCCAAUGCUGCGGUUUUGCCACAAACAACCCAGCAAAUCGCGAACGAUUGCAACACGGCAAUCGGAACGACCCAAGGCAUAGAUGGUGUCGAUUCACAGAUCGUCGGCAGGCACAUUAGCGAAUGCCGAAGGAAGGCCGCCAAUACUCCCCGAGCCACCCGGAUGACCCCAGGGCAGAAACAAGUACUCGACCAAGCAUACAGUCAGAGCGCUUAUCCAUCCCCAGGGGCUAGAAUGAUAAUCAUGCACCAAACGAACCUGACCUACAAACAGGUCAAGAAUUGGUUCGAACAAAAGGCUAAAAACGUCAAGAGGCUCCGCCAAGCACAACCGCAAGGUGCAAAUGGCUCCAACCCACAAGUUGCAAAUCGCUCCAACAGAAAUGCUACCCAAAUGUGGAAAGCAUACAAUGCCGAUCCCGCAGGGUAUGUUCAAAGAUUGUUAAACGGCACAAUAAGCCUUGUUGACGGCAAGGCCAUUGCUGCUCCAAAUGCAAACGCAGUACGCAAUGCGAUUGCACUGAGCACAAUUAACAACUUGAAUGCCCACCUGGGUCUCGGGCUCAGGAGACCCGGCGCAACUAUUGGAGCUGAUCUUCAAUAUCAAUCUGGCAACCAACCUGGACAAUAUGGUAACCAACCCGGGCAAAUGUCAGGGCAGGCACAAGGCCAACAGAGCAAUAUACUGCCGGCCCAAUCUAUCAACUCGGGCCUUAAUUACUUCGGAGCAGGAUUCAGCUACGCCGUGAACGAAGCCCAACAUACCGGUCAGCAAAACCGGCAACAAGCUGUUCAGCCGGUCCCAGAUAUGACAUAUCCUAGGGUCCAAAAUGCACAACCAGGAUUGGGCGAUCACAGUGAUGAGUCUUCGGCAGACCCAUACAGCGGUAGCAUGUAUGCCAACUACCAGGCCAGCAUCCCAGGCCAUCAACAUGCGUUCCAAAGCUAUCAAAUGGCAGGGGAACAUCAACAAGCUCAACAGAGCAAGAGCGAGCACUCGCUCGAUGACAACUGGGGUUAUCAAGUACCACAAGAUUUUACCCCAUAUAGGCAGAGACGUUUGGCUCCUUUUGAGGGGCAAAUGAACAACACCCAGCUGAUAAAUCAGCAACCUCAGACGAUGUCAAAGACAGAGUCUGCAUCACCAUCGGGGAAGAGAAAGUCGGUUGGAGAGGAUGAGAUGUCCAGCGCUGGACAUUCGAAGAAGAGAACCCGGGUCCAGAGACCAUUAAGGCCGAUGCCAUCUCUGGAAUACCAAAAGAGACAUGGAUUUGACAUCACCGCCGAUGGUAUUGUCGGAGGAGCAAACAGCUCAAUGGCAGCCUAUAACGGACUGGCCUAUGAUAAUGGUGACUUUUCGGGACGGCAACUCCCACCUGAAUUCCCACCUGCCUUCCCACCAAACUUCGAGGGCAACGGCAGAUGGUGUAAGGGGGAGUCAGCUACGGGGUCAGAUACUGCUUCCAAUCGCCAAGUAUUAAAUGCAUACCCCGAAUUUCCUAACGCGAAGGAUGGUUUCAAAAAUGAGACCAAUCGUGGUUCCGAAGAACCACCUGCAUCUGUGACUCCUAGACCUAGAUAUACGAGUCCAACCCUCCAGGCCUCCGGCACACCAAACGUUGCCGACCACCAAUACGAGUAUCCCGACCCAGAGUCUGCGAGCAGCAGCGGCAGACCUUCACCGCAGGAUACUUCGAAUGUCUCUGCUGGAGCUCAAGAUGCACCUGCAAGUCCAGAAAGAGCAACUAAAAUCCCGGAGCUUGCGACCUCCUUGGCGGAUAUUCCUGACCUUCCACAGGACUUUGGAAACCUCGACGAUGACGACUACCGGCUAGCUAGAGCCUUGUUGGCAGAAAAUAAUGGCAACCUCGGGGAUUUUGACUUCGGUAUCUCUGCCGUUGAUCCCAGCCCAGCCAAUCCGAGCGCCGGCUCCCUUGAUGAUUUGAUCGAUCCUAAACUCAAAAGGUUUCGAUGA